CAUUACCUCCCGACUCUCACGACGCUCUUCGGCCCGCUCAACUGGGAAUCACUGCUCUUCACCGAUACUCUCCGACUGCAACCCCCGUAUGAUCGCCGCUUUCACAAAGAAGCCUUCGUGAUCCUGCACUUCGUCCGCGCCAUCAUAUGGAGGCAACUCUGGCUUCACCGCACAGCAAUCCUUCUAGAUGGCGACGUGCCCAAUACGAUCACAGUCGCUCACGAAGUCCGAACGUACCUGGAAUUGCACCUUCUCCACUAUCACACUACCCUCAAAGACCGACCCGACUUUCGCCGACUGCGACGACUCCUUGAUCUCUGGAUGUUCUGCGGUCCCGCCUUCCCCCAACCCCCCCUGCACCAGACCCCCCGCUACCCCCCCUGCUGCACCCCCCCUCCUACCCGCCCCCCUCCUUCCCACACCUCAAGACCCUCUCCUUCCUCUAUUUCGUCCCCCCACGCCCCUCCGUCACUGCCUACGAUACCCUGA